UACUUCCGGUCUCAUCAGUUUUCCGUCAGUCUCUCAUCGAUCAGUCCGUCUGAGACCCGGCAGCUGAAUUAGAGCCGGUUCAGACCAGCGUCCAGCCGCUCUAAUAAGACUCGCAUGGAAAUCGCUUCAUGGCACACUGGGGAAAACUGUGCAUUUUAAAGCCCAGAGAAUGCCGGAAUCUGGAGGCCAGUAGACUGUUCCUGCCAUGAUUCCUCAUGUAGGACGAGACAAUUUGGAAGAACAUGGGCAAAUGAAUCGCAGAUAAAGACUCAACCAUGACCAUCACCUGUGGUCCACAGGACGCAAGAUAGCUGCAUCACGCCUCUCCGUCUCCUUUAGAAACAUCAGCCUGAGGGAAACCUCAGUCCCAGGAAUCACAUUGCUUUGAAAUCUCAAUUGGAAGCCUUUCAAAGAAAACUUAAAUUGGCAACCAAGCUGGGGAUAAAAACAGCAAUUCCCAUCUAUCCUUAAUCACCACCUGCCUGCACCGACCAAUGGAGAGACUACAGAUAGAGUCUGGAUAAAGUGGAGUCAGGCCAAGAAAGAGCGAGAAAACGAGUGAACAACGGACCGUCUGGCAGAAGGUACCUGUGCUGAUCCGGCAGCUCUGGGAAUUCAGCCCCUCUUCUCUGCGAUCGUUCCCAUCUCUCAGGCAAAGUCAAAGAGAAACUCUGCACUCUGAGACUGCUCUCUCAGCCUCUGCCGAGAGCAGGUUUUUGAGCUUGUAUCAUCAGGGUGGGUGAAAUGAAGUCACGGUGUUGGUCCCCUCUCUGGCCCCUGUGGCCGAUGCUGUUAGGCAGACUCUUUCUGUCAACCGGGGCCCUGGAGUUCGGCGGGGCCCCGGGGCAGUGGGCGCGUUACGCCCGCUGGGAGGCCGGCUCGAUCGGGGAGCUCAGCUUUAGCCUGAAGACCAACGUGAGCAAGGCGCUGGUUCUGUACCUGGACGACGGCGGGAACUGUGACUUUCUGGAGCUGCUCAUCGGCGGCGGACACCUGCAGCUGCGCUUCGCCAUCCACUGCGCCGAGCCAGCCGCCCUCCAGAUGGAGACCCGUGUCAGCGACGACCGCUGGCACAUGGUGCUGCUCACCCGAAACUACCGCGAGACCAUGCUGAUGGUGGACGGGGAAACCAAAGUGGCGGAGGUGCGUUCCAAGCGCAAGGAGAUGGCGGUCGUCAGCGACCUGUUCGUGGGGGGCAUCCCGCCUGACGUCCGUCUGUCCGCGCUCACGUCCAGCACGGUCAAAUACGAGCCUCCUUUCAUGGGCUUGAUCUCUAAUCUGAAGGUGGGCGAGAUGCCUCCCACUCUACUCAACAGCAACGGCAUUCAUAACGAUCUGGAGUAUCUGUGCAUCAAGCAGAACCCCUGCCUCAACGGGGGAUACUGCAGCGUCCAGUUUGGCGAGGUCUACUGCGACUGCUCUCACACACGCUUCCGAGGGAAAUACUGCAAAGAAGAAGAGUAUGCGGUGGAAGGGCUGGCGCCCCUGACGUUAAACAGCCAAGGAGACUCGUCUCUAGUCGGGAAAGAAGAAUCGGUGGCCACCUUCAAGGGAACCGAGUUCUUCUGCUACGAUCUGUCCAUGACUCCCAUCCAGAGCAGCACAGAUGAGAUCACGCUGUCCUUCCGAACGCUCCAGCGCAACGGUCUGAUGCUUCACACCGGGAAAUCUGCAGACUACGUCAACCUGUCGCUGAAGAGCGGCGCCGUCUGGCUCGUCAUCAACCUGGGCUCCGGCGCCUUCGAGGCGCUCGUGGAACCGGUGAACGGGAAGUUUAACGACAACACUUGGCACGAUGUUAAAGUCACGCGAAACCUGCGACAGCACUCAGGCAUUGGACACGCUAUGGUCACCAUCUCAGUGGACGGUAUUCUGACCACCACUGGAUACACGCAGGAGGACUACACCAUGCUGGGCUCCGAUGACUUCUUCUACAUCGGAGGAAGCCCGAACACGGCCGAUCUGCCCGGAUCUCCCGUCAGCAACAACUUCAUGGGCUGCCUGAAAGACGUGGUGUACAAGAACAACGACUUCAAGCUGGAGCUGUCGCGUCUGGCCAUCGAGAGGGACCCUAAGAUCAGUGUACACGGGGACCUGGUGUUCCGCUGUGAGGACGUGGCGGCCCUGGACCCCGUGACCUUCGAGACGGCCGAGUCCUACAUCUCCCUUCCGCGCUGGGACACCAAGAAGACCAGCUCCAUCUCCUUCGACUUCCGCACCACGGAGCCCAGCGGCCUGCUGCUGUUCAGCCACGGCAAGCCUCAGAGCAGCAAAGAGCAGCGGCCCGGCCGCGAGAUGAAGACCGACUACUUCGCCAUGGAGCUGCUCGACGGCUUUCUCUACCUGCUGAUGGACAUGGGCUCCGGCAGCAUCAAGCUCAAGACCAGCAACAAGAAGGUGAACGACGGAGAGUGGUGCCACGUGGACUUCCAGAGAGAGGGACGGAGAGGCUCCAUCUCCGUCAACAGCCGCUCCAUUCCCUUCAGCUCUAACGAGGGCAGUGAGAUCCUGGACCUGGACAGUGACAUGUAUCUGGGUGGUUUGCCGGAGAGCGGUCAGGGCCUGAUCCUGCCGCCCGAGGUGUGGACCGCGCUGCUCAACUACGGCUACGUGGGCUGCGUCCGCGACCUCUUCAUCGACGGCAAGAGUCGAGACGUGCGGCGUCUGGCGGAGAUCCAGAGCGCGCCGGGUGUCAGCAGCUUCUGCACGCGCGAGCUCCAGAAGAGGUGCAGCAGCGCCCCCUGCGCCAACGGAGGACAGUGCAAGGAAGGCUGGAACCGCUACAUCUGCGACUGCACCGGCAUCGGAUUCCUGGGAGGCAACUGUGAGAUCGAGGCGACGGUGUUGAGCUAUGACGGCAGCAUGUAUCUGAAGAUCAUCAUGCCCAGCACGCUGCACACGGAGGCGGAGGAUGUGACGCUGCGCUUCAUGUCCCAGCGGGCGUAUGGGCUGCUCAUGGCCACCACCUCCAAAGAGUCAGCCGACACGCUGCGGCUGGAGCUGGACGCAGGACGGGUCAAACUCACGGUCAACCUCGACUGUAUCAGGAUAGACUGUAAUCUCAGUAAAGGUCCAGAGAUCCUGACGGCGGGUCAGAAACUCAACGAUAACGAGUGGCACUCGGUUAAAGUGACCCGGCGCGGGAGGAACCUGCAGCUGUCCGUGGAUAACGUUACUGUGGAAGGUCAGAUGACCGGUGAUCACACGCGUCUGGAGUUCCACAACAUCGAGACGGGCAUCAUGACGGAGCGCAGGUUCAUCUCCGUGGUGCCGUCUAACUUCAUCGGGCACCUGCAGGGCCUGACGCUGAACGGCGUGCCGUACCUGGACCAGUGUAAGAACGGAGACAUCUCGUACUGCGAGCUGAACGCCCGCUUCGGCAUGCGCCUCAUCAUCGCCGACCCCGUGACCUUCCGCAAUAAAGGCAGUUACCUGGCGCUGGCCACGCUGCAGGCGUACGCAUCCAUGCACCUGUUCUUCCAGUUCAAGACCACCAGCACUGACGGCCUGCUGCUCUUCAACAGCGGCGACGGCAGCGACUUCAUCGUGGUGGAGCUGGUCAAAGGGUACGUCCACUAUGUGUUUGACCUGGGGAACGGCCCGUCUCUCAUGAAGGGAAACUCGGAGAAGCCGCUCAAUGACAAUCAGUGGCACAACGUGGUGGUUUCACGCGACACCACCAACGUGCACACGCUCAAGAUCGACUCUCGCACCGUGACACAGCACUCUAACGGAGCCAGGAACCUGGACCUCAAAGGAGAGCUGUAUAUCGGUGGAGUAGCCAAGAGCAUGUACAGCAGCCUGCCGAAGCUGAUCGCGUCCCGGGACGGAUACCAGGGCUGCCUGGCCUCCGUGGAUCUGAACGGCUGGCUGCCGGACCUGCUCGCAGACGCCCUCCACAGGGUCGGCCAGGUGGAUCGAGGAUGCGACGGACCCAGCACCACCUGUACGGAGGACUCGUGUCAUCAUCAGGGGGUGUGUCUGCAGCAGUGGGAGGGCUUCUCGUGCGACUGCAGCAUGACGUCCUACGGGAGCUCGCACUGCAGCGAUCCUGGGACGACCUACAUCUUCGGCCGUGGAGGAGCCCUCAUCACGUACACGUGGCCCCCGAACGACCGGCCGAGCACGCGGGCAGACCGGCUGGCUGUGGGCUUCAGCACUCAGCUGAAGGAGGCCAUUCUGGUGCGGGUGGAGAGCGCCAAGGGUCUCGGAGACUAUCUGGAGCUUCACAUAGAGCGCGGGAGGGUCGGCGUGAUCUUUAACGUGGGGACGGAUGACAUCGUCAUCGAGGAGAGCGGCGUGAUGGUCAGUGACGGGAAGUAUCAUGUGGUCAGAUUCACGCGGAGCGGCGGGAACGCCACGCUACAGGUGGACAAUCUGCCCGUGCUGGAGCGCUUCCCGUCAGGGAGCUUUGAUAGUGAACGGCUGGCUAUUGCUAGGCAAAGAAUCCCGUACCGACUCGGUCGGGUAGUUGACGAGUGGCUACUCGACAAAGGUCGGCAGCUGACGAUCUUCAACAGCCAGGCGUUCAUUAAGGUGGGCGGUGGUGAGAAGGGCCGUAACUUCCAGGGUCAGAUCUCGGGGCUGUACUAUAACGGCCUGCAGGUGCUGAAGCUGGCGGCGGAGGGCGACCCGAACGUGCAGGUGCAGGGGAACCUGCGUCUGGUGGGAGACGUGCCCUCCGUCAUGAGCACCGCCCCCCCCUCCACCACGCCGCUCGCAGACAUGUCCACCACCAUCAUGGAGACCACCACCACCAUGGCCACCACCACCACCCGCAAACAACGCUCGCCCACCAUGAGAGACAGUGUCACGCAGAAUACUGACGAUCUGUUAGUAGCGUCAGCAGAAUGUCCGAGUGAUGAUGAAGAUCUCGAGGAGUGUGAGCCUGGAAACGACCCCUCGUCACCAGACCGAGGGCCUCCAGGAGCAGUGGAGGUGAUCCGAGAGUCCAGUAGCACGACGGGCAUGGUGGUGGGCAUCGUAGCCGCGGCCGCUCUCUGCAUCCUCAUCCUGCUCUACGCCAUGUACAAGUACCGCAACCGCGACGAAGGCUCCUACCAGGUGGACCAGAGCCGCAAUUACAUUAGCAAUUCAGCCACGCAAAGCAACGGCACCCUAGUGAAGGAGAAGCAGCCCGGCGCAACCAAGACGGGCACAAAGAACAAGAAGAACAAAGACAAGGAGUAUUAUGUCUGAGCUCGGCCUCCGGAGGGACCGAUGCGGAAGCGAGGGGGAGAAGGAGAGAGAUAGGAUGAGGAAUGGAAAGGGAGGUCCAGGUAUUUGUUGGCAGUUUACCGGUCACAUUUAGAGUUCUGACAUCAGUCUUCUUUAAUUUCCUGUCUUGUCUAGCUGUUGGCCUCAUUUCUAGCAAGACCUAAAAAGUUCAAAAGCGUCUAGGGUUUGGAAACAGCCCCUCCCUCAUUUCCAUUUUUGAUAGCUAAUCCCUAUUACAAAAAUAAACUCUCCAAACCUUUUGUAUUGAAGAAAAGUGGAUUUUUCCUCACAUGUAAUUUGACGCUCUAGUUUGUUCUUUGUAAAUACUAUGUGAGUCCUCAAUAUUCAGAUCAUCUCCUAACCUGAUGUCGAAACCCCCGUGUACGCCAGGCUGCUUGUGCGAUCCAUUGUUGCUCCAUCAGAGCAUUGGAUGCGGUUGAGAAUCGUUUGGGAAUGAGAGCAGUUCAGUUGGAACGGCUUGGCAUAGGUGACAUUUCAGGAACAGAUGGUGCCGAAAACGUUUAGCAGUCACACUCCUCCGUAAUACUGCCAAACCAGCUCUGUGUCAAAUCCGUCUCCCUCUCUUUCUAAGUGCUUCACAUUUCCAUCCUCCGCUCCCAUCAUCCCUCUCUUUCUCUCUUUCCCCACACCCUUUCUUGGCUUGGUCUCUUUUUCUCCUUGUCCUUGGUGCUCAGGAGCAAAUGCAACGUGAUUCUGUUGUGUUUCCAGCAUGUGGUAUUCAAAUUGAAAAGAGACAAAAACUGUUUCUAUGGAGUCAAAUAAAUAUAUAGCUAUAUCUCAAACCGUUACAACUAGCAAAACAUCUGUGGAUGAUCCCUUCAGCCGCCAGAACUCCCGGAGGCCCACGGUAACCCCACGUUCCAGCAAAUAUUCGUCAUGUGUUUUUGGGGUUCCACUGGGCUCUGUCCUGGACCCGCUGAGGAUCUUGGUUUCUGCUCCACAUUCAAGAACCUGAAACCCCCAACAGCAAAUAGAUAAUAUUCAUAUACAGAUAUUUGAAAAGACAAAGGGACACAAGCGUCUGGAAGUCAAGACCAACAUCACGUCAACAAACCAUAUCAGUGGAAACAGCAGAGCAGGAUGCUAGGAUGUCUUUUGUUUUGUUUUCUAUGUAUGUGUGCGUGCUUUCUUUUAUAUUUUGUCACGUCAAAGGGAAAAGACAAUAAUGUUCCAGUUAAUGUACAUUCCACGUAGGGAACGUGAACUCUCCUGCGUCUUUGACCACGUUCUCUCGGGAGGAAAGUAGGGAUAAACUCAUUUAAUGGAACUCACAAGCGCAUUUAAUGGAACGGACUCUCUUGAAAGAAAGACGAAAUGGCCUGUUACUUGGAAGAUGUACAUCUUGAACUCUAGUAUUCUAAUUUUCUCAACUCUAUUAAAAGAACUAAACUCUGCAUUGAAAAGAAAAUGUUUAAAACAGUUUGUGAAAUGUCUAAAUAUUUGAAUCUCACCCCAGUGCUAAAAGAGAUGUUUUUCCUAAUUAUCAUCCCUAAGAAAAAGAAAGAAAGUGCAAUGAAAUGCAAAGAUCUGUGAAUCGUAUUCCAAAAAGCAGAUGCUCUUUUGAAUAUUAAAGAGCAAAAUGUGAUUUGGUUUACAAGAGAACAUUUCCUUUACCAGGCGGGAGAGUAUCUCCUUGUAUCCAUAAGACUUUGGUCAUUGACUCCAUCCUCCGUUUAAAUCAUGUUGCUCACUUUACCCAGCGUGUGGAGGGCUGUUCAUUCUCCAUACUCGCUCAACGAGGACCAGACUUCAUCAUCAUUUGAUUUCACUCUUCCAUCUCUGUGUGUUUGCGUGAGCGUUUGUGCGCUUGUUUGUCUGUGUGAAUGUGUUUCCAUUCUUUCCGUUCCUGUUCAGGUUUGUCGGUUGCGUUUCUCCUCAGCUCCCUUGUUCUUUCUAAAUGUUAUUGUAGAGUGUUCCAGUGAGAUGAAUCUGCAUACGUGUAUAUUAACAGAAGGGAAUACAAUUGGUUAUAUACUUCUUACACCUCGUGUCGUGUGCUUAUUUCAGAUUCACACUUUUCUUCCAGAAUAAUCUUCCUCACUUCAGCUCA